GACUCCUGGACCUGGGGGCAGCUUCAGUUCCUGGGUUGCCUAGGAGGCAUGAUUGGCGGCCUGAUGUCGAUGUCAGCCGUGCCACAAGCCACGUUCCCAGCCACAGUGGUUGCCGUCUGCCUGUCGCUAAUCACACGGACAGUGGAGCAUUUCACCACCA